GGCAAUCAUGGUCUUUGGAUCUGUUUUCUUGGACAAUAAUUGGGAACCCAACAAAUAUUUCGGAGGUAAAAUGGCGUUCUGAUGAUCAUAACACUGUUGGGUGGGAGACUGAAAAAGAAGGUUGAAAAUGGAGAAGCAAAGGAAAGAUGGGAAGGCAGAGCCAGUAGUCAUAGGGGGCAUGGUUUUGGACAUUCAAGCCACUUCUUCAAUUCCUCCUCAUCCAAGAACCACUUGUCCUGGCAAGAUACAUUAUGUACGAGGAGGCGUGGCAAGGAACAUUGCCGAGUGCAUGUCGAAUCUUGGAGCUGAGCCUUUUAUGAUUAGUGCUUUGGGAUUUGACAUGGCAGGAAAAUUGUUGUUGGAGCAUUGGAAAUCUGCAAAGCUACCUACAGAAGGCAUUAGAAGGCACCAGGAUAUUAAGACUCCUACUGUCUGUCAUAUCCUUGAUGCUACUGGAGAGGUGGCGGCUGGUGUUGCCAGUGUGGAAGCAGUUGAAAUGUUUCUCACACCUGAGUGGAUUCAACAAUUCAAGCAUAAGAUACAUUCUGCCCCUAUAUUGAUGGUUGAUGCAAAUUUGAGUCCUCCUGCUUUAGAAGCUUCAUGCCAAAUAGCAGCAGAGUCAAAUGUUCCAGUGUGGUUUGAGCCUGUAUCAAUUGCAAAAUCUAAAAGAAUUGCUCCAGUUGUCAAGUAUGUAACUUUUGCUUCACCGAAUGAAGAUGAAUUAAUUGCCAUGGCAAAUGCUUUGUCUUCUGACAAUAUGUUUCGUCCAAUUGAAAGGAAUAACUGUUCUAUGAAUACUUUGUUCCAGAUGCUAAAACCAGCAAUCUGGCUUUUGCUUGAGAAGGGUGUCAAAAUUCUUGUUGUGACUAUCGGUUCAGAUGGAGUACUUUUAUGCUCUAAAGGGGAACCAAGCUCCUGGAGCAUUGGUCUAGAGAAGACAAAGCGACUUGGACUCAGUGGACGGUUGUUUGAAACUAUGACAUCAAGCCAUCCUUCAAAUUGGUAUUCUGAUGUUAAUGUUCUUGAGAGAAGCCCAUAUUUUUUGGCUGUGCAUUUUCCUGCACUCCCUGCCUCAGUAGUAAGGCUUACAGGAGCUGGUGAUUGCUUGGUUGGUGGAAUGCUAGCUUCUCUUUGUGCAGGUUUAGAUGUGAUGCAGAGUGCGGCAAUUGGUAUUGUUGCAGCUAAAGCUUCUGUUGAGGUGGACAGCAAUGUACCUUCUCAAUUUUGUUUGGCGACAAUUGCUGGUGAUGCCAGGAUGGUAUAUUCAGCUGCCAAAGUUUUGCCAAAUCAAUCUAAGCUAUAAUGCAUAAGUGAGGCAAGUUUGGGUAGACAUCCCAAUUUAGAGCCAUAUGGUUGCAUCUUUUACUGUUGUACACAAAAAAACUUAUAUUUUGUUGGCAUAAUUUUUUUUUUUUUUUGUUCGAAAGAAAAGGGAGAAUUUGAAUCCCAAAUUUAUUGAUAU